AUGGAUCAGUGUUCAGAGCUCGCAGUAAGCUUUGCCUCCCGUUACUCUGUCGGAGAGCAACUCGGCCAAGGAGGCUCUGGCUCUGUUUUCAAAGGACGACGCAUUUCAGACGGCCUGCAGGUGGCAGUGAAGAUAGUCACAAAGCAGAAAAGGCACCGCUAUUUCCAGAGCCCUGAUGGGACCAAAACCGUACCCGCAGAGGUUGCUCUGAUGCAGAUGGCGAACCAGCCACCCUCCUGCCCCAACAUUAUCCAGCUGAUCGAAUGGUUUGAUGAGCCUGACCGUUACAUCCUGGUCCUGGAGCUCCCUGACAAAUGCAGGGACCUGUGGAGUUACCUUAACCUCUUUGGUGGAGCGGUAAAAGAAGACAUAGCCCAAAAAAUAAUGCUUCAGGCAGUGCAGGCUGCAUCCGAGUGCCUAAAGCGAGGAGUUCUGCAUCGGGACAUGAAGCUUCAGAACUUUCUCAUUAACACGGACACUUCGGAAGUCAAGCUGAUUGAUUUCGGAUGUGGAGACGAGAUUGAUGGGGCUGGUUAUGUCUGUUCCUCAGGUGACCGUAAGGAGGAUCCACUAAAGAGGUAUAAGGCCAGCCCUGCAACUGCUUGGGCACUGGGCAUACUUCUGUACUGGAUGGUGUGUGGAUGCCCUCCUUUCACAGGAAUGCCCCUCUACAGUAUUCCUAUGAAACCAGGAUUAUCCACUGCUUGCCACAGUUUGAUCAGCUGGUGUCUGCAGUUGAAGGCAGAUGAGAGACCGGGUAUGGAGGAGAUCCGGCAGCAUGCCUGCUUUCAAUGA